AUGUGGGUUUUAAGGGAGAGGGGCGAGAGGGGCGAGAGGGGCGGAGAGCGGGGGGAGAGCGGGGGCAGAGCGGGGGCAGAGCGGGGGCAGAGCGGGGGCGGAGCGGGGGCGGAGCGGGGGCAGAGCGGGGGCGGAGCGGGGGCGGAGCGGGGCGGAGCGGGGGCGGAGCGGGGGCGGAGCGGGGGCGGAGCGGGGGCGGAGCGGGGGCGGAGCGGGGGCGGAGCGGGGGCGGAGCGGGGGCGGAGCGGGGGCGGAGCGGGGGCGGAGCGGGGGCGGAGCGGGGGCGGAGCGGGGGCGGAGCGGGGGCGGAGCGGGGGCGGAGCGGGGGCGGAGCGGGGGCGGAGCGGGGGCGGAGCGGGGGGCGGAGCGGGGGCGGAGCGGGGGCGGAGCGGGGGCGGAGCGGGGGCGGAGCGGGGGCGGAGCGGGGGCGGAGAGACGUCGUUCAUUGAUCAUGACGAGGCGUCGUACUUUGGCCAUGAAGAGUAA